CAUACAUACGACAUUGACAAUGUCAGAUCCUCUAGAUGUCAAUAUCAUCCUCACUCUCCUUCAAACCCUACUCCCUCGAUCAACUUCUUCUCCCUUUCCCAAACCCACCGACGCUAUCGCCGCUUUAGUCCAUACCAUCCAUAUCGCCCUUGACUUUCGUCUUAUCCCUAAUCCCAACGCAGGUCAUCCCCUCACAUCAGAUGCGAUAGCUGCUCAAAAUGCACAGCCUGGAACCGAAAUAGCCGAUGGAGCUUCCGAGAUCACCGCGGUCGAAUCUGAAUCUGAACCUGCUCCUGUGGAGGGACAAUUACACCCUGGGUGGAAUGCACGUGGAGAAGAUGCGUAUACUUUCGAAUAUAGACAUGCUCAAAGUGCCAUGACUUUCCGUGUAAGAGUGGGCAGGAUGGGAGCCAGGGUACAAAUUGAUGCUACUGCAGAGGAUGGAGCUCCGUACAGCUUAUCAUUUGUCCUUGGGAGUAUCGUGACGCCACCGGCUUUUCCUAUUCCAAGUACUGCUACUUCGUCAGGCUCGAGUUCCAGCUCAAGCUCUCCUGAAGCUCCCGCGAAAAGUCUUGGCUUUGCGUCCAUUGCAAGCGUCAAAGAUUUCAUCGACAAGUAUAAAAAAGAUGUCAUUGCUAGAAUCCUCCCAGGUCUUCAGAAAGAUGGUUAUUCCGAUACAACGACAUCUGGUUCUAAUCCUCGUAAUCCUCCUGCUCAAACACAACCAAGUCGUGAUCCCCUUCCUGCUAAUCCUUCGCCACUCUUAGACCCUUUGUAUCCCAAUCGAAUACCCUAUCAACCCAAUAACCCCGCUUCAGUAGGACGGAGAGAUCUUGACCCUUUAUCAUCUAUGCAACCACCGGGAAUGUUCAACCCGUCUGGCGAUGGAGGAGGGAUGUACGUAGACUUCAACCAUCCACUGUUCGACGGUCGUCGUCGAGGUUUAGAUCCUGAUCUCGGCGGACCAGGAGGAUCGAUGCAGCCUCCAGGGGCGAGAUGGGAUCCUGUAGGACCAGGUAUGGGACCCCAGGGUGGAUUUCCCGGACCAGGAGGUAAUCCACUGGGGGGCGUUGGAGUAGGUGAUCCGGAUUGGGGAGAUGAGAUGCCACCUCCUGGACAGUUUGGACCUGAUUUAGGACGUAUGGGUGGUCUGGGUGGACCGGGAAUGGGACCGGGUAGAGGACGUGGUGGUGGAGGAAUAGGUGGAUUUGGAGGAUUGGGAGGUGGUAGAGGGAGAGGCGGUUUCGGUGGAGGAUUUGGUGGUGGUGGUGGUAUGUUCAUGUGAGAUGAUCAAUUUGUUAAAGCAUCUAUCAUGUUUGUAUCUGUCCAAGAAACUCUUCAUGUGGGUAUUGCAUGCACAUUGUCUAUAAUC